CGCUCAUUCUUCUCCACGCUCUCUCAACUGACGAUAGACCUCCUCGACUUUCCCAGCCGUCCCCUACAACCACCACCAUCGCGUCUGCGCCGUCGACAGGACCUCUCACGCCGCUUCCACUCGCUACCAUUCGCCUGCGUACCCUGCCCAUUCCCGCUCAGGGUCCAGCAUCUAUCCUUUGUUGUAUUUCGAUUCGGCUUUGGGUACGAAAUCCGACGCUUCUGCUCGGUACUCGCCCACCAGUGCGCGUUGACAGCGCCUGCGAACUCGACAAAGAACUGCCAGCUUUAGAUUUGGGGACAGGUGCCUCAUAUCUUGUAAUAGCAUAAUGAAGCCCACCAACGUGGCGGGGGCCCUAGGCGCCUUGAUACUCUCUGCGUCAAGUGUGCAAGCAAUCGAUCUGGAUGUCACAUCGAUGGAUUCCGUCAAGAAGGCUGCUGCCACAAUUGCGAAGGGAAUGACAAGCUAUUAUACCGGCUACAGGCCUGGAGACGUGCCAGGAAAUCUUCCUCAACCGUACUACUGGUGGGAAGCAGGAGCCAUGUUCGGAUCGUUGGUGGACUACUGGUAUUACACGGGAGACGAUCAAUAUAACAACAUUACUACACAAGCCCUGCAGUUCCAGGUGGGGCCGAACGACGACUACAUGCCGCCGAAUCAGACCAAGACGGAGGGUAACGACGAUCAAUCUUUCUGGGCCAUGGCAGCAAUGUCUGCUGCAGAAGUAAAGUUCCCGAAUCCUCCUGCGGACAAGCCGCAAUGGCUCGCUUUAGCACAGGCCGUUUUCAACCUACAAGCCAACCGCUGGGACAAUAGCACCUGCAACGGUGGUCUGCGAUGGCAGAUCUUCACCUUCAACAAUGGUUACAAUUACAAGAACACCAUCUCGAACGGCUGCUUUUUCAAUGUCGCGGCCCGGCUUGGAAAAUACACUAAAAAUCAGACCUAUGUCGAUUGGGCAGAACGGAUGUGGGACUGGGUGGAGGGGGUUGGUCUCAUGAAUGAUCAAUACCAUUUCUUCGACGGCUCAGACGACACCAUCAACUGCACACAAGUGAAUCACAUCCAAUGGACAUACAACGCCGGUGUCUUCAUGCUUGGCGCGGCUACCAUGUGGAAUAUUACUGGCGACGACAAGUGGAAGACCCGAACCGCCGGUAUCAUCAACGGCACCGAUGUUUUCUUCUCCACUGUGGUUCCGAACGUCAUGACUGAAGUAGCCUGCGAGGCGAACGGCAAAUGCGACGUCGAUCAAAAGUCGUUCAAGGCCUACCUCGCUCGCUGGAUGGCUGCCACCACCAAGGUUGCGCCAUGGACGCACGACCUGAUCAUGCCCAAACUCACGGCCUCGGCACAGGCUGCGGCCAAACAGUGCAGCGGCGGCACUGACGGAGUAACGUGCGGCCAGAAGUGGACCACCAACGGCGUCUGGGACGGUAGCUUCGGCGUCGGCGAGCAAAUGUCCGCGCUGGAGGUUGUCCAAUCCCUCCUGAUCGACCAAGUCGCCGGGCCCGUGAGUAACGAGACCGGCGGCAUUAGCAAAGGAAACCCGAACGCAGGGUCGCACAGUGAGGACAACCCCUUGAAGGCGGAUCCCAUCCAGACAGGCGACAAGGUCGGCGCUGGCUUCCUCACUACCCUCGUCCUCAUCGCCAUCCUCGGCGGCGCGUGGUGGAUGGUGGCGUAAAGGAGUGAUCUUUCUUGAACUGCACAGUAUCGGUGUUUUGGCGUUGGUGUUGAUGUCAUUUCUCUCUCCUACGUUCAUAGUACCUGAAAUCCUAGACCGGGGAUAUUCAAAACCUAUCAAUGAAAGUAAUCCUGACGCUUGCGUUGGCCUUGAAAAAGAUACCACCGCUUCAUGUCGCU